AAGUAGUGUUAUACUGUGUUUAUAUGUCUGCCUAUGUUAUGUGAAUAUUAUAUGAGCAUUGUUCAAGGUUUUUGGGCCAGACCAAGCUGGUGUAAAAUCAGUAAUAAGUUACUUCCUACUUUCAGUUUCUCAAAUGUAAGGAUUUGUUGCUCUUCUUUCGUUAUAAAUAUAGUAUCACUGGGUUUGGGACUGGUCAUACGAGACAAGACAUUUGACAGUGGUACCUUCGACUGUGGGAAAUCAUCAUUUGAAUUUUUUUUUUUUUUUUGGUAUUCCUGGCAUUAAAUCAUCAACACAUCCACUGACAGUGAAAACAAUCACAUGAGCCAGAUGCCAACCUUGCUUGGUUGCAGCUGGUCAAGACAAAUGUGAGGCUGAAACAGCAACAAAAACGUUGAACUCCCUGGUGGUUUCCUUCUUGAUAAGAUCAGGAUGAGCAAAGCUAUAAACUGCCUUACCUUAAGUCAAAUCGAAACUGAAACAUCUUGGGAGGUUUCAAUUUUGAGGUGGUUGUACUUUACUGGUUAAUUUCCAUUUAUCCUAUUUUAUACUUAGAAUCCACAACAUUUCAGAAAUAAUCGUUGUACUUAAAUAACAAACAUUAUUCUCAUAUCAGUGCAAUGAUUCUUUUUUCAUUCUUGGAAUCUAGUGCGCAUGCUCAGGCUUUGCAGCCGGUAGCGAGCGUCUCCCCAGAGCUGACACUUAAGAUAUUUAUCAUAAGUAAAACCAGAGGUAAAACCUGAGAUGACAGAUGUUGGCUCUAAGCCGUGAUGGACUAAGCAGUCGGCAGCUGGGAAACCUGUGAUGUGAUUCGGAUGGAACCGACGGGUCUACGAGACGUUUUCAAAUGUAUAACACUAUCCAUUGCAGCAAUGGAGGAUAUUGGUCUCCUUCCCAAGCCCAACAAUGACCUCCCUGUUCACAGGCCCACGGUCACUGAGACCUUUGGGCUGCACCAUAUCCCACCAGAUCAUCUGCACAUAACGGAUGCAAGCAGGAAAUCUGACAUGGAAAAAGAUGGACCGUCCAAAAAAAGGUCCCACUCAGUGAUCAUAGCAGAGCCACAGAUAAUGCCCCAGCUGCCUCUAGAGACCCCGUUGCCUCUGGGUAAUGACACUACACUUCUUAAUACAGCUGCUAAAAAUGGGCACAUUAAUUUGGACAAAACAGGGGCUGCCAGAAAAACACCCAAAGCCAAAGUCACAGAUCCAUCAAAGUGGAAGCAAAACAAGCAGAAACAGCUGAGAAUGGAGGGAAAAGCAUACGUGAGCAAACGCAAAAGAGACGGCGAGAUAGUGACAAAGCAGCUGAGAGCCAUGGGACCCAGGUGUACCUCACAUGCCUGCAGAAAGGCAUCAAACCGGCUUUGCAGUGAAAUCAGUGAAGAAACCAGGAACAAAGUGUUCAAUGAAUUCUGGCAGCACAUGAACUGGGCUCAGAGGAAACUUUAUGUGGUAGAGCAAGUUGACCGUGACCCAGUAGAAAGAUCUCGAGCAGUGGGAUCCCGGUCAAGAAGAUCAGUUUCGCUCCGUUAUCAUUUGAUGGUGGAUGGCAAAAGGAAGCAAGUGUGUAAAAACAUGUUCCUGUCCACUCUGGGGAUUGGAGAGUGGUCUGUGCUCAGCUGGGCACAGAAAGGAGCGAGAAAGAGGAGCAAGUCAAAUGAAAACAAAUUAGAAAAGAGGCAGGCUGCCCCUCAGUGCCCGCAACAGAAUCCUGCUGCUUCUGAAAUCGUUAACACUGUGGAAGUCAGCCAGGAAUGUGUGGAUGCCAAUGAUAAAGUCAAAAACAGGGCACCAGAACCAGAGGGGCUGGCCAGAAAGAAACCCAGAGUCGCCAAGCCUCUAACAUGGAAGCAAAAUCGACAGAAGCAACUUAGAAUGGAGGGAAAACCAUACAUCAGCAAACGUAAGAAAGAUGGUGUAACCAUAAUUAAAGGUCAGAGGACCAUGGGACAGAGAUGUGCAUCCAGUGCUUGUAAAAGGGCCUCCAACCGCUUCUGUGCAGACUUCAGUGAAGAAACAAGGAGCGACCUGUUUGCUAGCUUCUGGCAAUGCAUGAACUGGGCUGAGAGAAAGAUCUAUGUGGCUGGACUAGUUGACUGCGACUUGGUGGAAAGAACCCGAGCACCAUGGACUCAGUCAAGAAGGUCUGUCUCGAUGCGGUAUCAUUUGAUAGCCAGUGGUGAAAGAAAACAAGUUUGUAAAAGGAUGUUUCUCUCCACUUUGGGGAUUGGAGAGUGGUCAGUGCUUAACUGGGCCCAAAAUGCAUCCCAAGAGGACAACUCAGAGGAAAACACUAAGAAGACAACACAAAGGAAGUCUCGUAAAGCCUCAGAGCAUAUAGUCCUGAAGGAGUUCCUGGAGAGAUUGCCUAAAGUGCCCUCUUACUGUUGUGGGACGUCCAUCUCUAAACUGUAUCUGGAGCCGGUCUUCUCAAACAUGUCCGAAGUGUACAGGCACUACUACAGCCACUGCUUAGAGAAGAAGACACCACCACUCUCUCGGCAAGUUUUUUGUGCCGUCUUUAAAAGAAUGGAUUUGGGUUUGUGUGACCCUAAAAAGAAUCAAGGUUGUUCUUUCAGUGUGAGAGGAAACCUGUUUAAUGAGCUUUGGGAGGAAUACUGCAUGGAAAGAGAAGCUUCAGGGCCACAACCAGGGAAAAGACAGGAAGUUGUCCACAUAUCCGCAGGGCCCCUGAAAAAAAAAAAAAGCAAGUGAACAAAGUG